UUUUAAUCUUUUUCUCUUUCUUUACCAUUCCUCCAUUCUUUCCCCUCUUUCUUUUUUUUUUCUCUCUCUCUCUCUUUUAUCUUUGUUUUCCCUCCUUGACCAUUGUUUCUUCUUUUUCAAUGCAUAGUCAGCGAUCUUUGUCAUCGCCUACUUUGCCUUCCACUUCUUCCGUCAAUCAUGAAACCAACCAGACAAUGAAUUCAAAAACGACACCAUCCUUUGAAAGAACUACUGAACUACAAAAAAGACAAAAUUGGGAUUAUGUUAUUCGGUCAGGACUUGCUGGUGGUAUUGCCGGAUGUAUGGCUAAAACUGCCAUUGCUCCCUUAGAUCGUGUUAAGAUUUUGUUUCAAGCAAGAAAUCCUGUAUUUGAAAAAUAUGCCGGUACAUUUACAGGAGCUUUCAAAGCUGGGCGGGAUAUCUUUAAAAAUGGAGGUGUCCUUGGUUUAUUCCAAGGUCAUUCUGUCACUCUUCUUCGAAUCUUUCCUUAUGCUGCCAUUAAGUUUGUUGCUUAUGAACAAUUUCGUGCUAUAUUGAUGCCGACAAAAGCUCAAGAAUCACUUAGAAGACAAUUUAUGGCUGGAUCAUUGGCUGGUGUAACAUCAGUAUUGUUUACAUACCCGCUGGAUUUAGUACGAGUACGAAUGGCAUAUGAUGUCAAACAACCAGGUACAAAACGACCAAGUUUAAUCACAACAUUGAAACAAAUAUACAAUGAACCAGCAGCUAGUAAACGGUUUGGAGGAUUACAUAUAUUGAACUACUAUCGUGGAUUCUUACCUACAGUGGCUGGGAUUAUACCUUAUGCUGGAGUAUCAUUUUGGACUUACCAUCUGGUCACCAAGUUUGCUCGGUUCCAUCCUACUGCGGCUCCUUAUACUUUGGCUGCUAUUGAAUUUGAUUUUGAUCCUACUGAUGAUGAUUUGACUCCUAGUCAACAAAGACUUGUGGAUAAACCUCCUCUGAAAACUUGGGCUGAAUUGGUUUGUGGUGGGGUUGCUGGAUUAGUAGCUCAAACAAGUAGUUAUCCUUUGGAGGUUAUUCGAAGAAGAAUGCAAGUAGGCGGUUUACUCAAUCCAGAUAUAUUUGUUAGAUUCAUCGAUACAACCAAGGAAAUAUAUAGGAUUAAAGGAUUCAAAGGCUUUUACGUGGGACUUAGCAUUGGUUAUCUCAAGGUGACUCCUAUGAUGGCUGUUAGUUUUGCUGUCUAUGAACGAAUGAAGCAAAUUUUGGAUAUUGAUUAAAAAAAAAAAAGAAGAGAAAACUGUUAUUUACUUUUGAUACAAAGCUCUUUGCCCUUUUUUUUUCCCUUGAUAUGUGUAUACCCUCGAUUUUCUUUAGUUUUGUGUAUUAUAGACUUUUCUUUCGUUUUAGUUAGUUCUUAUCAUCCCUUUAGACAUUAUUUGAUUAUUAUUAUAUAAAUUUUUUUUUUAUCAUUUGUGUAGUUUUAGAGAACAUCAAAACGAAUAAACUUUUUAUUAUUAUUAUUAUUGUUACA